AUGACGACACAGAAGAAAAGCGCAACUGAAAAAGGACCAGUGAAGUUUGGUCGAACAAACACACACAACCUGACAAUGGGAAUAGUGGGCCUCCCAAAUGUAGGAAAGUCUUCUCUAUUCAACUCAAUGACCGGGCUGCAAGUGCCUGCGUCCAACUACGCUUUCUGCACUAUCGACCCCUCAGAAGCGAAAGUGAGCAUAAAAGACAGCCGGUUCAACUUUCUGUGCGAUCUGUACAAACCUAAAAAACAAACUCCUGCAUAUCUAACGGUUUUUGACAUAGCAGGACUGGUGAAAGGCGCAUCAGAAGGCCUGGGAAUGGGGAACAGUUUUCUGGAGAACAUCAGACAGGUUGACGGGAUAUUUCACGUAGUAAGGUGUUUCAAAGACGAUUCUGUUGCGCACGUAGACAACUCAGUCGAUCCAGUGCGAGACUGCCAGGUGAUCAGAGAAGAGCUGCGCUUGAAAGACCUAUCAGAUGCAAAAAAACGGCUGGAGAUAGCAAAGAAAGAGCAGAAGUCAAAGCCGUCGGAUAAAUACUUCAAGAUAUACAUGGAGGCUCUAGAAAAGCUGAUCGCAAACCUGGAGAAAGGAGUAGAUGCAAGACUGAUUGAUUUUUCAUCGGAAGAAAUACGGUCACUGCGGCCUCUGAACCUGAUAACAGCCAAGAGUGUCGUAUAUUUGGCAAAUAUUAGCACAGAGAAGUACAAAGAAAGAAAACCAACUUCGCUGGCAGUUAAAUUGAAGAAGUAUUUGAUGGAGAGUGACCCCGAGGCGCUGUGCAUUUUGGUCUGCGCAGGAGUCACAGGAGAAGAGGCUGAAGAGUAUUUAGAUAAAGCGAUAGGAGCAGGGCAUAAAUCUCUUGAGCUGAGCAACUUUUUCACGUGCGGCCCUGACGAGGUGAGAAGCUGGACAAUAAGAGAGGGAACGCUGGCACCGGAUGCAGGAGCGGUUAUUCACACAGAUUUUAAAACAGGAUUUGUGGCUGUUGAUGUGAUGGCGUAUGAUGACCUGGUAGAGCACAAGAGCGAGCAGGAGAUGAAGGCCAGAGGGCUCUGCAGAAUGAAGGGAAGAGACUAUCCUGUGAUGAACGGAGACAUUCUGCACUUCAAAGCAGGAAGAGUCAACAAGAAAUAA